UCAUCAAUUGAAUUACCAAAAAUCUAAAGACUCAAUCGUCUUCUUCCUCAACAACACCUUCAGAGAGAAUCAAACAGCUUAAGAGCAGUUUCUUAGUUCAAAGUAACCAAGUUUACAUGGUUGAGCUAGACAUUCAGAUUCCAUCAGCAUUCGAUCCUUUUGCAGAAGCCAAAGAUUCAGAUGCACCUGGAGCUAAAGAGAACAUUCACAUCCGAAUCCAGCAAAGGAAUGGGAAAAAGAGCUUGACUACUGUUCAAGGACUUAAGAAAGAGUAUAGCUACGAGAGGAUUCUCAAGGAUUUGAAGAAAGACUUUUGCUGCAACGGUAACGUUGUGCAGGACAAGGAGCUAGGCAAGAUCAUUCAGCUUCAAGGUGAUCAAAGGAAGAAAGUGUCUCAGUUCUUGGUCCAAACUGGGAUUGCUAAGAAGGAUCAGAUCAAGAUCCACGGUUUCUAAAUCGAAUCCGAAUUGGAUCGUUCGUUAGUUCUACUAUCUAUGCGAAUAAUUGGUGUGGUUUGUGUGUGUGAACAAUAUUAGGAGUUUUUAAAAGCUUUGGUUUUCUUGUUGUUGACUUUUGCAAUGAUAAUACAUAUUUCGAUUGUUC